AUGUCCCAAGGUGAAUUCGAUCAGAUGGACCUGAGCUCGUAUCACGCCUGGGUGGGAAUGAGAGGCCACAAUGACCACACUCACUGGAACGACGCUGGAGAUGAGCACGCAGCAGACGCCUGGAACCCUGACAACGGCAACCACUGUGUCCUAGUCUCCUACAGAAAUAACACAGCUCGUGGUGCUUCAUGCUCAGAGAAACAUUUCUUCUUCUGCUCCGGCGUCUCCUUCAGGGUGUUUAUCCCUGAGGCUAAGACAAGAGAUGACGCUCAGACCUUUUGUACGGACAGACAGAUGAUCCUCAGCACGUUUCCAGGGACCAGCAGCCCACAGUGGCCCGGUUCUCCAUUUUACGUUGCUCAAGAGUUUCCCAUUUGGAUCGGCCUCCACAGAAACGGAGGAUCAUGGGAGUGGAGCGACCAAAACCCGUCUGACUUCAGGAACUGGGCUCCAGAUCUUGGCGUGGCUGCGAGCUCUGUCCAGGGCCCAGGUGUGGGGUCAGAUUGUGUGUCUGUGUCGUCUCAGUCUAAGUCCAUGUCAGUGCACAGCUGCUCCGAGGCCUUCCCUUCUCUGUGCUACAGACACAAUGUGGUCCUGGUGCAGGAGCUUCUGACCUGGGAGCAGGCUCUGGAGACCUGCAGGAUCCUCACGCCCUCCACAGGCUCCUUCAGCCUCCUCAGGCUCCAACAGAGCGAGAUGGACAACAUCAAGAACGUCCUGCGCUUCUCCACCACCAGCAAGGUGUGGGUGGGUCUGCGGUUCCUGGGUGGUUCUUGGUUCUGGUCAGAUGGGGGCGCUGUCUCUCUGUCUUCUCUUCCUGUGUGUCCUGAGUCUGGACUUCACUGUGGAGCUCUGGUCCUCAAUGAAACCCCAGGAUCAGACCCGCUCAUAGAACCCAGCGACUGCAGCCAGACCCUCAAUGUGCUCUGUUAUGGAGAACCUUAGAACCCUCUGCUGUGGAGAACCU